AUGGGCAACUUUGUCACCAGCGCGAGAGAAAUUCUAAACAAUGAGAGAGCCUCACUGCCUGGUAAGCUCAUAGUGAAAUCCAGGCUCAAACUGCAAGGCAGAGCGAUGUACGGCAGAAUCCAGCCCUCAGAAGCACAGAAGGGUCAAUUCAGAGCAAUGCUCAAAACUGCAGGCUCACAAAACAAUGGAAAUUUUGUAGAAACGAUUGAAUUAAUUACAAGACAGUCCAUUAAUUGCAAAGAAAUGCCUCAAGCAACAUCAAGUAUAUCAGUGACACAAUUAAAAAUUUUGAUUUUCGAGUCCCCGUUAGAUAUGAUUAAAGAACUGUCAAUAGUGCUAAGGUACGGUUACAAUGAUGCAGAUCAUGAGAGCUCAUUUGAUUUGCAAAGACCCAGUGAAUGA